AUGCUCUGUGCCACUAAUCAAGUUAAUGCGCAGGACGCAUCAUCACACCAUUCCCACCCAUCCUCUCCUUCAAGUACAGCAACCGACUCCACACUUUCGCCCCAUAUUAUGCUUAUGCAUGAUCCAUACGAUCCACGCAUCAAUGAUGAAUAUGAAGCACUUGUCCGCAAAUGGACAGAUCAUCUUUUAUCAAAGUCACGUCAUUCACCCAUCGACAGCGCCAUUAGCAGUACAACAACCUCAACGACAACACCACCAUCGCCGCACCAUUUGACUAAAAACAACAAAAUCAUUGAUCGUCUCCUUGAAGAGCAAUGGAUUGAUGCUCAACGUGUGCUAAGCUGUGCUCAAGCGUGGAAUACACGUGACUCUUUGAGCAUUGAAGAAGCAGUGCGUACGAUGAACAUCCUUGGCUUGCGGAUGAUGCAAAGAUCGUUAACCACGAGACACGAAUUAAAUGCUCAACAUCAGCAGCCAUGUCCUGCAAAAACGGAUGAGCCGAACUUGGAUAUGCCAUCAUUUGAUUUGCAAAGCAAGACAUUGCUUGAUGAAGCUAUCACCAUUCCUCGUUUUUCACUUGCACUUUCACUGGAUGAAGAUGACGAACAUGAAAUGCAUGCACCAUUGCUUCGUAGAUAUCAACAAUCGAGCGACGAUAGCAGUAGCGAUAGCACCAGCAAUCAUCAUCAUCCUAUUACAUCCAACAACAAUAAUGUACAAGCUGCCAACCCAUGCUCAACAACAACCUCCACCUUGUCGACGCCGGCUCGUCGACCUUUUCGUCUUAUGCAAUCACCUUCAGCACCCGAUUUUUCGGAAUCAGCAUUGUUGAUGGAACGUGAGAAUUGUGCCAACAAGUUUGCACCUGCCAGCAACUAUUAUCGCUAUUAUCCUAUGAGUUGGCGACCUUUACCAGAACAUGGGGAUGGUGAUGUUAAUGAUGAUCCUGAAGAUAAUAAUCGUCAUAUUAGCAUUAGCAGCAGCAGUACUAGUUCGAGUAGUACUAGUAGCAGCGACCAAGACCAUGAGGGGUAUACAUGGAAAAGUUGGUUUAAUCACACCCAUCAUCAAGCCGACAACCAACAUAAACAACACAUAUGCACGUUUUGCUGGAAUCCAAUAGCGAAGAAGAGUCUCUCUACAGGAGAUGCUGACGAUGCAGUGGCUGCACGGCUCUUGUCAUCUAGCCAUAGCAGUAGUCUUGAAAGUACAACAAUGGGUGUUGGUGCUUCUGGUCAAGCACAACAAGUAUGGUCACCUGAAAGUUAUCAUAGUGCAUGUUCACCUGACAAGGCACUCUUGGAUGACAAGUAUGGAUGCAGCAAUGAUGAAUCGUCUUCUAUGGAAGAAGAAGAUGUCUUUGAAACACCCACCACAUCAAGUUUUGGAUUUCAAACGGAUACCAUCUUGCGUAGUGAAUCCAGUAUUUCGGCGUUUCGACCCAUCAGCAAGAAUCUUGCACCACGUUGUAGUCCACCCUCAUCAUCAUCAUCAUCAUCUCCCACCGACAAUUGGCGAUAUCGACGUCGUGAAAUUUCUUCAUCCAUGCAAGCUGCUGAUCUACCACAACAACAACGACGACCUGCUAUUCCCAAAAGCCAAUCUUUUCCAUCCAAAGUAGCAUCACUAGCAUCUUCAUCAUCCAACAACAAGGUUCCCGAUGUACCCAUUAUCAAGUCAUCCACCACAAAGUCAUCCGCCUCAGCUACUACAGUCCCAGCGACCAUUAUGGGUAAAUCAGCGGAUAAGGCCACAUCGUCGACAUCCUCAUCCUCUAAGGAACGUAACUUUGUAAUGCGAUCGAUUGUCAGUAAAAAGGCAUCGCUUAGUAAGCUGUUCUCUGGAAGCAAGAAAUAG